GUUGAUUAAAUUAUUUCGGUGCUGUUUGUCUUAAUCGGUUUUUGCUGAACGAGGAACAACUGCCUGCUAGUGAAGGUAACUUGAUUAUAUACUUCUUAGACUAUCUUACUAGGAUUAUUGAUUAUAAAUUGAUUAAAUUUUCUCGUGUUAAACAAAAAAAAAGAAACGUGUUUGACGGAAACACGGAAGUCAACAUUAACAUUUUUUCUGAAGUCAAAUUUAGGUUCUCUCAUGUAGAUGGAACACGGAAGCCUAUACAGGCGCAGCUUUGAAAUUAACGCGUAUAGAAAAUUUUGGCAACGUGGGAAAGACCGCUUAUUUAUUUGAACAGAAGUCAAAGUCUCAAAGCAAAGUCAAGCUAAAUUGGUGAAAACUAUUCCGAAAUUUGAUUGAAGUUGAAACGAUUUUCAGUUCGUAGUAACAAUUUUUGUCUUUUCAAGAUUGGGCAUCAUAGUUUUCUUUCUUUUGAAUAUCGUAGUUUUCAAUUUUUCCGUUACCUCUUUCGUAAGUAGGCCUACAUUUAUUUACAGUUUCUUUUUAUGAGUUUCGUCUUAUUAGUUUUAACGCAUUUUUAAUUGUCCCACUUAAUAAGGAACUUCCGUUUAGUUACGCUGUUCCUUCUGAAACCGAGAAGCAACUUAUUAAUAUAAUUGAAAAUAAGUUCUUGCUGAGUACAUUUGUGCAUUUGAAUUUUAAAAGAUUAUUUUGUAACCUAUGUUACAAAAUUUUUAAAGAUGUCAUUCAUAUUUGGUAUAAAACCUGUCCUGUCAUCACAUAUCUUUUAGUAUUUUCUAAUUAUUAUUUUUGUUCACAUUUUGAUUAUGGUUUUAUGCCUGGAGCUGAAUUGCCAUGUAGACGGACGCCCAAUUUCUAUUUUAAUGGAUUUAGUCUGGAUUAAACCGAGUGCAAACUAUUCGUACUGCGAACGUACCUGCAGAAUCAGGUUUUCUGACAAAAAGGAUUGAUGACCUUUCGUCUCCAUGUCUGGCCAAAGGCUUAUAUUUUUAAAUGACAGGUUCUCUAGAGAUCAAAUUAUUAUGUCCUUUUUUAGACCCUCCUUCUCAGUACCUUAACAGUGAUGCUUCAAGGCACUUCUUGACUUGGUAGCAAAGCAGUCAGACUAGCCAGUCUACCGUUGCUUGGAGCCAAAGCAAAACCCCCUUUAAAAUUCUCCUACUCGCCAACGCAUCGAUUUCUCGUUGAUUUCAGUUUCUUGUAUGAUGCCACUUAACAAGGGGCUAUGCCUACUUGCAGCAGUUUUGUUUAUCGUGAAGGGAGAAGGAAAAGUUCUGCCCGAUAUUCGACUUCCAAAAUCAAUUGUGCCAGAACAUUAUUUCAUCGGAAUAGUCCCUGACAUUCAUCAAAAUAACAAUGCCAUUGAGGGUUUUGUUCACUUGGAUUUUUUCGUUCAAACACCUACUGAUCGCAUAGUCAUGCACGCCGUAAAUUUGACAUUGACCGAGGAUAGUGUCUUAGUUAAUCUCCUUCCAUCUAAAACUAUGGAGAUGAUGCGGGAAAAUGAUGUCAGUAAAACCAGUUCAAGCGGACUAAGUGAAAAGUUAAAAAUGUUGAAAGUCCUCCGUCCGAUCUCUUAUGAUGCCGACAAAGAAUUUGCUAUCAUCCACUUAGGAUCAAAGUUGGAGGAAAACCAACGAUAUCGCGUCAGUUUAAACUAUUCUGGAAUGUUGGCGAGAAAUUUGAAAGGCUUUUACGGUUCCGAAUAUUUGGAUAAGAAAAGUGAAACGAAAAGAUGGUUGGGUGUCACGCAAUUUGAGCCCACUUCAGCUCGGCUUGCCUUUCCCUGCCUUGACGAACCAGCCAUGAAAGCCACUUUCACCAUUUCCAUCGGACGCAGAUCCAACUACACCUCGCUAUCUAACAUGCCACUCGUCAAAACCGAGCCCAUGCCCAACAAAGAAGGAUGGUUCUGGGAUUUGUAUGAAAAAUCCGUGCCCAUGUCGACUUACCUCGUUGCGUGCUUGGUAUCAGAAUUCGCUUUUCGUACGGCGAGGCCAGUCAUUCGUCAGGUUGAUGGUAAUGAUCAAUCUAUGCAUAAUGUAACGGAAGUACGCAUAUGGGCACGAUCCGAGGCGAUAGAACAGGCUGAUAGGGCUGUACAAGUGACAUCGGACAUGCUUGAAUUUUUGGAACAAUAUUUUCAAGUUCCGUUCCCACUUCCGAAAGUGGAUCUCGUGGGAUUGCCAGAUUUUUCUUCCGGGGCUAUGGAAAACUGGGGCCUCAUCACCUACAGGGAAACUACUCUUCUAGUGAAUCCAAAAUCAGCAGCCGUCCGCGAUGAAAUGAACGUCGAACGUGUUAUCGCUCACGAAUUAGCUCACCAAUGGUUUGGAAACCUUGUUACAAUGGCUUGGUGGAACGAUUUAUGGCUUAACGAGGGUUUCGCCACUUACGUUCAGCGCUUGGUACUCGAUAACGUUUCGCCAAAGUACCAAUACGGUAGCUUGCAGGCUUUGGAUUUCCUCUCUGUGAUGGAUGCGGACGGACUGGAAUCUUCUCAUGCUAUUUCAGUAGACGUUGCCCACCCAACGCAAAUUACUGAAAUCUUUGAUGCCAUUUCUUACACUAAAGGUGCUGCGAUUAUCCGGAUGAUGAAUGACUUUCUUGGGGAGGCAACGUUUCGCGAAGGAAUAAAGAACUACCUCAACGAAAAAAAAUAUCAAAACGCUCGGCAAGACGAACUUUGGCAAUUCUUAAGUGAACAAGCACAUCGGGACUCUGUUCUUCCGCUCAGUCUUGACGUUAAGACUAUUAUGGAUACAUGGACGUUACAAAUGGGUUUCCCGCUUGUAACCGUCCAGCGAAAUUACACGGAUGGUAACGCUUACAUUCAACAAAAACGUUUUCUUCGUGGAGUUAAGCCAGCUAUUACGAAAGAAAAUAAAUCAUCGUCUUUAACCAAUUUCGUCGAAGAAAAAAAUUCUCGUCUACCCAACUAUCGGUGGUGGGUACCAGUUUCCUUUACGGAUUCAGUCGCUCAGAACUUCAGCCAAAGUAACACUCGGCCAGCUAUUUGGCUAACCCCAAAUGAACUCUCUGCAACCAAGUUCAUUGGCAAAAAUGAAGAUUCUUGGGUUAUAGCCAACAUUCUUGCCACCGGUUACUAUCGAGUUAAUUAUGACGAGAGAAACUGGAAACUACUUGGCCUUCAGCUAAAAACUGAUCACCAAGUUAUCCAUCCCAUUAAUCGAGCUUAUCUCAUCGAUGAUUCAUUUGCUUUGGCUGCUGCCGAAAUUUUACCUUACACCACGGCUUUUAGCCUCAUUGAAUAUCUUCCCGAUGAAAAUCACCAUGUUCCUUGGUCUAGCGCGCUGAGGGCUUUAAAUUAUAUCGGUCGGAUGUUUUCUUACACGAAAGAUCAUGGAAGAUAUAAGGACUUUAUGCGCUCACUAGUGGUCCCGGUAUACACCCGCUUAGGAACCGAAUUUCGGUCGGACGACAGUCCGCUCACCAAACUGUUUCGCAUUUCUAUGAUUACGCAAGCUUGUAGUCAAGAAUUUAGGCCAUGCAUUAGAAAUGCUCAACUUCUUUUUGAUGAGUGGAUGGAUAGCCCAGAUCCCAUACAUAACAACAAAAUUAUCCCUGACCUUCGCUCUUCCACCUACUGUACGGCCAUCAAGUACGGUGGCCAGAUGGAAUGGGAUUUUGCUUGGGGAAUGAGUUUCAAUAUGACCUCUGCCCAGGAUCGUGACGUGAUAUUGUCGGCUCUGGGUUGCAGUCGCGACCCUUGGAUUCUUAUUCGUUAUUUGUCUUUUGUACUCGAUCCAAAAUCUGGAAUUCGUAAGCAAGACGGACGACGUGUGAUCAGCGCAGUGGCAAGUAAUCCUGGUGGACGAAGAAUUGCCUUCCAGUUCAUGUUAAAACAUUUCGAAGAAAUGUUUUCAUAUAUUGGGAAUCCAGUCCGUGUCCUCCAGAUGCUUAGUAGUACAACUAGCAGUCUUAACACACAGGAAGAGCUCGUCAAGAUACAAAAUUUGAUGGAGUCCAAUGCCAUGUUGCUCCAGAAGGCACAGACGUCUGCCAACAACAUCCAAUCCGUCGUAACCGCCAAUAUUAAGUGGAUGGAUAAUAACUUUGAAAACUUGAAUCAAUGGUUUACAAGUAAAGGCUUCUGAUGAAAAAAAAAAAUUCCUUAACUAUGAUUUUUAAAAUUUUUGCAAAAUGUUUCAAACAAAUCUGUGCUGAUUCAGAGACCCUUAACUGCAUUUUAUUCAAUUGAAAAAAUGUUUUCUAAUUUUAUUUUUAAGAUAAGUUUAGGGAUAAAUUUAUCUUGCCAAGGAUUACGUAAAACGGUAUCUCUCUGUUCGAGAUUCCUUGACAACGACAAAGUGAAUAACCUGUUGAUGCAAACAUGUAACUUUAGGACCUUAUACGUAAGAUACCUGUUCGGAUCCAAAAGUUCCCCUUUUUAGUUUUUUUUUUUCUAAAGUCAAAGGCAAUUUCAUGUGCGUGAACUAAUUCUUAACUUAAUAAAAUUGAAACUGUUUCAGUUGAA